AUGUCUUGCAGCUACAACGCCUCAUGGGCCCAAAUAGGGCAAGUCACCUCGUUUUUUCUCGUCUUUUUUCUGCUGGGCUCUCGUUUUUUCCCCAAUGUUGCAGAAACAGCAGCAGCAGCAGCAGCAGCUGCUGCUGCUAGCGACACAGAAGAGUAUCCGGACUAUUGUUUGAAGCAGUGGACUGUGCGGGAGAAGCGAGUGCUGCCUCCCCUCAGCUCAGAGGCUCAAGCGCUUAAUUUGCGGCUGCAGCAGGUACAUGCUCUGGUGCGGCACGGCGCUAGGGCCCCCUAUGACAGACACUGCUGGCGUUGGGCUGAUGCUGCUGACUCCGACUUGCACACAAGCAGCAGCAGAGACAGCAGCAGCAGAGACGGCAGCAGCACCGAUGGCAGCAGCUUCAACAGCAGCAGCAGCAGCAGCAGCACAGCCCACCGCCACGUGGGCCUGGCCCCAGAGCAAGACGCUCUAAAAAGCGACGCAGAGAGGUGCCCCCCGGUGGGUCACCACAGACAAGGGGACUGCGCAGCAGCAGCAGCAGCAGCUGACGCUGCUGCAGCAGCGUGGGAGGUGCAUUCGGACGCAAUUGGCACAGCUGCUGCUGCUGCUGGUGCAAGGGAAGCCCCACAUUCCAGCGGAGACUCCACCACUCGCGAUCUGCGCGCCGAAGGCAGCAGCAGCAGCGGCAGCAGCAGCAGCAGCGAAGCUUCUUCCCCUGCAGACGCCGCUUCUGUAGCUGGAGCAGCAGCAGCAGCAGAAGCACCUGCAGCGUCUACAGCAGCAGCAACAGAGGAACUUGGACCUCCUUGGGAGUGCGCCAUUCAAGAAGAGCUGGGCAUGAAUGACUCAAGGUCGGACCAGCUGUCAACGCCGCUGCUGCUGAAGAAGUACGUGGCCAGCGUGACGGAGAAGGGGCUUUUCAGGGGCAGCUGCGUCCCCUCGAGUCUGUUAGACGAGGGCCAGACGCAGCUGCAGCUGGUGGGUUCGAUUCUGAGUCAGGCGUACGUGGUGCCUGCGGCUGCGGCGCACCCCAAGCAGCAGCAGCAGCGGCUGCUGCAGGAGCAGCCGCAGCAGCAGCAGCAGCAGCUGGUGCACCCUUUGUUUCACACACAGGAGCUGUGCGCUGCCCCCGCGGACCGCGUGCGGGUGCGCUCCACUGACAUUUCCCGCACGCUGGCCAGCGGGGCCUUUUUGCUGCAGUCCUUCUUCAGCAGCUGCGGGACUUCGCCGCAGCGGGUGGAGGUCGAGACCCACGAGGUGACCUCGGACCCGCUGCUGUCGGGGUACGCAUCGCCUGUGGUGGCUCGGCUGCGGCGGCAGGCAGAGGCCAGCAGCGAAUUUGCUGCUCUUGCUGCGCAGCAGCAGCAGGCCAAGCAGCAGCUCAUGGAGGCUUUGCGGCUCUCUGCAGACGAGCUCGAGGCUCUCUGGCCUGAAGUCAUUGUGGACUGUGCUCUCACCUACGUCUGCAGCGGCCGCAAGAAUCUGCUGCCGCCGCUGCUGCAGCAGCAAAACGGAGCCCUGCUGCAGCAGCUGCUGCGCUUCAACGACCAGAUUACCAGCUUUUGGACCAGCUGGGCAGACGCUGCUGCUGCCUACGCUGCAGCAGAGCCCCUCUUCCACGAGCUCUCCACCAAAAUUCUCGCUCCGAUCCACCGGCAACAGCAGCAGCAGCAGCAGCAGCCGACCCUGUCUCUCUACAUGACCCACGACGUCACCCUCAUUGCAGUCUUGGCUGCUUUGAAGGUCUACGGCGGCAUCUGGCCCCCGUACGCAUCCGUCGUAGUCUUCGAGGUCUACGAAUACCUGCCGGAGCAGCAGCAGCAGCAGCAGACGCAGCAGAGCAGCAGCGCCGCAAAGAGCGCUGCUUCAUAUGUCUUCCGGCUGGCUUACAAUGGGAAAGUGCUGACGGGCAAAAUGCCAGGCUGUGUCGGAAAGGCUCUUGUUGCUCCUGACCUCUGCAGCCUCGAAGUGCUGCUUCGCCGCAUGCAGACCCGGCCCCCCAUGCCCCCUGUGGAAGACGAGCAUCAGCAGCGUCAGGUGCAGCAGCAGCAGGAGCAGCAGGGGCCGCGGCCACAAAAGCAGCAGCAGGAGGCACCGCAACAGCAGCAGGGGCCGCAGCAGCCGAAAGAGCAGCAGGAGGCGCCGCAGCAGCAGUUAAACCAGCAGCAAUUGCAGCAGCAGAAAGAGCAGCAGGAGAGAGAGCAGCAGCUGCGACUGCAGGAGCAGCAGCAGCUGAAGCGGCAGGAAGAAAUGUAG